UAUCAGGGAGACACCAUGACUAAACGGAUCCUCAAAAAGAUCCUGGAUGAUCUGAAUGAUGAGGAGCUGUCUGAUUUCCAGUGGUCCCUGCAGGAGUCCAACAAUGUCCAAGGCCUCCCAGCCAUCAAAAAGAGCCGACUACAGACACUAGACAGGUGUAACACUGUGGAUGUGAUGGUACAGACUUAUGGACCUCAGAGAGCUGUGCAGGUGACCAGAGUGGUUUUAGAGAAGAUCGACAGGAAUGAUCUGCUGGAGAGGUUUCCUACCAGCAGCUCAGGAUCAGAAGUGCCUGUCAGUGAUGUUGGAGAACCUUCAGAGAACAGAGAACCUUCCUCCUCUCAAACUCAGCCUCCUCUUCCUCAGACUGAAGAUCAGACUGUUCCGGUACCAGAACCACGUCCCAUCACAUAUUACCAACAGAAGCUUCAGUCAAACUUCCAGGACACGUUUAAGGUUACAACAGAGGGGUGGGCAGCAGAUAAGCAGCGUCUGGUUGAUAUCUACACAGAGCUGUACAUCACAGCUGGCCGGGACGUGCACGUCAACACACAGCAUGAGGUCCUACAGAUUGACAAGGUGUGGAAGCCAUCAGACACAGAGACACAGAUCCAACCCAGAGACAUUUUCCAGCAUCCUUCUGGAAAAGACAUGCCCAUCAGAACAGUGCUGACCAAUGGGAUUGCAGGGAUUGGAAAAACAUUCCUCGUCCGCAAGUUUGUGUUGGACUGGGCUGAAGAAAGAACCAAUCAAGACGUGCAUCUUAUUUUCCCAUUCACUUUCCGUGCUCUGAAUUCACUGCAGGGAAAAGAGUUUGGUUUGGCAGACCUCAUUCAUUUCUGUAUCCCAGAAACUAAAGACGUCACAGUGGAGGCUCUGAAUUACAUCUUUACAGCUCUGCAGUCAUCAGGAAACAGCAGCUACAAGCAGAGCAGAUUCAAACUGCUGUUUGUGUUUGAUGGACUGGAUGAGAAUCGCCUUCAUCUGGACUUUCAGGUCGACCACAUUCCCUCUGUGGAUGUCACAAAGUCAACUAAAAUCGAAGUCCUGCUGAGGGAACUUAUCAGAGGAAACCUGUUGCGCUCAGCUCGCCUCUGGAUAACCACAAGACCUGCAGCAUCCAAUCUGAUCCCUCAAAACCUCGUCAACAUCACAACAGAGGUCAGAGGGUUCACCGACCCACAGAAGGAGAAGUACUUCAGGAAGAGAUUAAGAAAGAAGAAGCAGGCCAGCAGCAUCAUCUCCCACAUGAAGAAGUCACGAAGCCUCCACAUCAUGUGCCACAUCCCAGUGUUCUGCUGGAUCACUGCUAUAGUUUUGGAGGAGCUGCUGAAAACCAGAGAGGGAAGAGAUCUGCCCAGAACCCUGACUGAGAUGUACACAGAGUUUCUAAGAUUUCAGAUUGGUCACACAAAAGAAAAAUACGGUCCAAAGAAGUGCAAGCAGUACAUAGAGUCAUUAGCUAAACUGGCUUUUGAACAGCUGCAAAAGGUAAACCUGAUCUUCUAUGAAAAAGAUCUGAGAGAAAGUGGCAUCGAUGUGAGUGAAGCCUCAGUGUACUCAGGAGUGUUCACAGAGAUCUUCAAAGAAGAGCGAAGACGGAAACAGGAAGACAAGAUGUUCAGCUUCGUCCAUCUGAGUGUUCAGGAGUUUCUGGCUGCUCUUCAUGUCCAUCAGACCUUCAUCAAAUCUGGAAUCAACCUGCUGGAAGAACAACAAACUUUCUUCAAGAAGCUGAAAGUAUUUCAAAAGAAACCCAAACUAAAAAAUCUCCACCAGAGAGCUGUGGACGAGGCCUUACAGAGUCCAAACGGACACCUGGACUUGUUCCUGCGCUUCCUCCUGGGUCUGUCACUGCCGACCAAUCAGAAUCUCCUACGAGGCCUGCUGACACAGACAGGAAGUAGCUCACAGACCAAUCAGGAAACAGUGGAGUACAUCAAGGAGAAGAUCAGUGAGGAUGUGUCUGCAGAGAGAAGCAUCAAUCUGUUCCACUGUCUGAAUGAACUGCAGGAUGUUUCUCUAGUGGAGGAGGUCCAACAGUCCCUGAGAUCAGGACGUCUGUCCACAGAUAAACUGUCCCCUGCUCAGUGGUCAGCUCUGGGCUUCAUCUUACUGUCAUCAGAAGAACAUCUGGACGUGUUUGACCUGAAGAAAUACUCUGCUUCAGAGGAGGUUCUUCUGAGGCUGCUGCCAGUGGUCAAAGCCUCCAAGAAAGUUGUACUGAGUGGCUGUAAUCUGUCAGAGAGAAGCUGUGGAGCUCUGUCCUCAGUCCUCAGCUCCCAGUCCUCCAGUGUGACAGAGCUGGACCUGACCAACAACAACCUGCAGGAUUCAGGAGUGGAGAGUCUUUCUGCUGGACUGGAGAGUCCACACUGUAAACUGGAAGCUCUCAGGCUGUCAGGCUGUCUGGUCACAGAGGAAGGCUGUGCUUCUCUGGCCUCAGCUCUGAGCUUGAAGACCUCAAAUCUGAGAGAGCUGGACCUGAGCUACAACCAUCCAGGAGACUCAGGAGAGAAGAUGCUGAGAGCUAAAGUGGAGGAUCCACACUGUAGACUGGAAACUCUCAGGGUGACGCCUGCUGGAGUCCCAUGGUUGACACCAGGUCUGAGGAAGUAUUCCUGUCAACUCACAGUCGACACAAACACAGUAAACAGAAAACUCAAACUGUCUGACAACAACAGGAAGGUGACACGUGUGGAGGAGGAUCAGAGGUAUCCUGAUCAUCCAGACAGGUUUGACUGGUAUCAGCUGCUGUGUAGAACUGGUCUGACUGGUCGCUGUUACUGGGAGGUGAAGUGGAGAGGAUGGGUUGAUAUAUCAGUGAGUUACAGAGGAAUCAGAAGGAAAGGAAACAGUAAUAACUGUUGGUUUGGAUCUAAUGAUCAGUCCUGGAGUCUGAUCUGCUCUGAUUAUGGUUACUCUGUCAUUCACAAUAACAGUCAAACAUCCAUCAGGUCCUCCUCAGUCUCUCACAGAGUUUCAGUUUAUGUGGACGUUCCUGCUGGAACUCUGUCCUUCUACAGAGUCUCCUCUGACUCUCUGAUCCUCCUCCACACCUUCAACACCACAUUCACUGAAACUCUAUAUCCUGGAUUUGGGGUCUACUGGCCCAGGUUUGGUUCUUCAGUGUCUCUGUGCUGAGUCUCGUCUCCAGAGUCUCCUCCUGGUACAGAAACAGUGUUGAACAGAUGGUUGAGUCUCUCCAUGACUCUGUCCCUCACAAACAUGUUUUCACAUUCAUGGAUUAAAUGUGUUUCUUUGUCAAAUCCUUCUCAAUGAUUCCUUGUAAACUUGUUCCUCUUCAAAGAUGAAGUUGUGAUUCUUCCAGGAGCCAAAUGUGGUGUUUGCGUCUUUUUCCAGUCAAAUGUUGAGAGUGAAAAUCAGGAUGUGGUGUUCCUCUGACGCUCACUGGAACUAAAAGCAUUUGAGCUGCACAAAGUGUGAAAUGAGAGAGGAAGCAGUGAAUCUCCAAACUGCUGACAGACUUUCACACAUUAUUGUCCAGUGAAAAUCAGCUUUUUGUGCAGCCACACUUGAUCCUGAUGUGAGUCUUUAAGUCCUGUUCUAGUGAUGAAAUGAGAACUUCCUUCAUCUGUGUCACUCUUUCCAAAGUAUUCUGUGCUCUUCUGUCAUUUAUGUCUUAUUGAUAGAUCCAUUUUUCAUUUUUACAAUAAAUAAGUGCUUCAAUGUUUUUUCAUCAGUUUUUUUGAUCAGAUUCUGAAUUUCUGGUUUCAUCAACAAAUUCUAUCAGAUUGUAUUUUUCCAUCAAAGCUCCCAUAACCCUAGCUAUCUGUGGAUCAAAAUGUUUUCAGCAUCGAUAUGAUUCCAGUAGAAUUUAAACCCACCAGGACUAUCCAGAUUACAUUGAACUCUGUAAAUUCUACAUUUUUUAGCCUGUUUCAUUCUAUAAAUGUUGUGUUUGGCCGUUAAAGGAGCUUUUCCUCACAUUGUGCUGUAUUUGAACCCUUCCAUGCUCUAAAUUCUUUGAACAGAUCUUGUGCUGUAAUCAAUGUCUAACUUAGUUUUUAUUUUCAUUGCAGUGGUUGAUUUUUCCUGAACAAGAUCAAUGAUUUUAAUACGUCUUUCUCCACUUUUAUUUGCUCUGCCUGUGGCUUUUAAACUAUUCUAACUUUCUUUUUUAUUCAAUAAAUGACUAAUAACACA